AUGCGUCGCCGACAAAGCAUACAGGUUCUAGAACUCGAAUCAAGAGUCGAGCAAUUAGUAGCCGAAAAUCGCGCGCUUGCCGACGAAAAGGCCCACGUCGAACAAAACGUAACCCAUCGAACUGCAUCCGCCAUCACCGAGCGCGAUGCCGAAAUUGAAAGUCUCAAGGCCUCACUCGAAUGGCUACACAAGGAAGUCAAUCGAUUAACUGAGGUUAACGAAGGUCUUCACAGCGCCAAUAACGUCCUCGCCCUUCAGCACAAUGAGAAGUACAAACGCCUCGAAGCCCUGCACGCGUCGGCAGCCAAAGAACUCGAAAACUCCCGCCUAGCUCAAGAUAAUUACGAUAGGACAUUACAAGAAAAAGACAGUGAGAUCCAAGAGCUACGUGCUCAACUCGAGGUUACCAAAGAGCAGGUCAGGGAAAUGCAACGACAAAUACUUGCCCACAAACCUCCCGACGCAGACUUCCUUCGUCUCAAAGAUGAAGAUCACUUUGACCAUCGCUGCCAACAAUUAUGCCAACACGUGCAGCAAUGGGUCCUUCGCUUCUCCAAAUUUUCUGACAUGCGUGCUUGUCGAUUGACGAGCGAAAUCAACGAUGAAAAGAUUAUCGACCGAUUAGACAACGCAGUCUUAGACGGCUCCGAUGUUGAUGAAUACCUCAGCGACCGAGUGAGACGUCGCGACAUAUUCAUGUCCAUGACUAUGAAUAUGAUUUGGGAAUUUGUCUUCACUCGUUACCUGUUCGGCAUGGACCGGGAACACCGGCAGAAGCUCAAGUCUCUAGAGAAGCUUCUAUUAGAGGUUGGACCGCCGCAUGCUGUCCGCCAGUGGCGCGCCGUAACAUUGACGCUACUGUCUAAGAGGCCAGCGUUUGGUGAUCAGCGCAACCAGGACACCGAGGCCGUCGUACAGGCCGUCUUCCAAACCCUAUGCAUGAUCCUCCCGCCUCCGUCCAACCUGGAGGCACAAAUACAAUCGCAGCUCCGCCGUGUCAUGCGCGAAGCUGUCGACCUUUCAAUCGAGAUGCGUACUCAGCGGGCCGAAUAUAUGAUGCUACCGCCAUUACAGCCUGAGUACGACGCCAACGGCGACCUAGCACGCACCGUCGCUUUCAACGCGGCGCUCAUGAAUGAACGAUCAGGAGACUCAGUCUCUAAUGAUCAAUACGAAGUCCAGCGUGCCAUCGUCCGCACGGUACUCUUCCCACUCGUAGUUAAAAAGGGCGACGAUAACGGCGUUGGGGACGACGAGGUCGUCAUCUGCCCUGCGCAGGUGCUCGUCGCCAAGCCCCCGCGUCACGCCACCAUCCGCAUAGUCACACCCACAUCCGACACAGGCGGCCCGCUAUCGCGAGGCGCCACGCCCUCGGCAGCCGCUCCUAGCACCGUCAGCCUUCAGAUGCAAGAUGCCCCCCUCCCCAUGCCAACUCCCCCGCAAGAGGCCGAGUACCUAGAAGGCGGCAUCUAG